UGCCAUCUAAAAAGUCUCUAAUUUCCCAAAAAAAGGACUCGACGAAAAUAGCCAGACAUUGAAGAACACUGUUUCAGAGAGAGAGAGAGAGAGAGAGAGAGCGUGUGAUUUCACGUGUGUCGUUGACAUUAAUGGCGGAAGAAGAGAGGGCGCGUGAGAAAAGCGAGGAGAGCGUGAAGUUGUUCGUAGGUCAAGUGCCAAAGGACAUAACCGAAGAAGAGCUCAUGACGAUGUUCAAAGAGUUCGCACUUAUUGACGAAGUCAACAUCAUCAAAGACAAGGCUACACGCGCUUCUCGAGGAUGUUGUUUUGUGAUUUGUCCUUCGAGAGAAGAAGCGGACAAGGCUGUAACUGCUUGCCACAAUAAGAAGACGCUUCCUGGGGCUUCUAGUCCGUUGCAAGUGAAGUAUGCUGAUGGCGAGUUGGAAAGGCUAGAGCACAAGCUUUUUGUGGGUAUGCUGCCAAAGAAUGUUUCUGACACCAAAGUCUCCUCCUUAUUCUCUCAAUAUGGGACCAUUACAGAUUUGCAAAUUCUCAGAGGUUCUCAGCAAACUAGUAGAGGAUAUGCUUUUCUGAAGUUUGAGAAAAAAGAACAAGCAACAGCAGCAAUAGAGGCCCUUAAUGGAAAGCAUACCAUGGAGGGUUCAACUGUCCCUUUGGUAGUGAAGUGGGCAGAUACAGAAAGGGAAAGACAAGCUAGGAGGGCUCAGAAAGCUUUAUCUCAGGCAUCCAACGCUUCCAACUCUGGACAGCAUCCAUCUUUGUAUGGAGCUCUAUCCAUGGGUUAUAUGCCACCGUAUAAUGGCUAUGGUUAUCAGGCUCAUGGGACAUAUGGGCUCAUGCAGUACCGUCUACGUGGAGUCGCACCUGGUCUAACACCUGGAAUUAACCCAAGAAAUUAUGCCAUGUCACCUGGAAGUUACCUGGCAUCUGCUUACAGGCCGGUACAAGGGCUUCAAUAUCCCAUACGCUAUCCUGGAGGCAUUACUGGUUCUCUACCUCCUUAUACCGCAAACAGGCAUUCUGCAGCAUCUUCAAGAGUGAGCUCAAAUACAGGGGGUCAAGUUGAAGGUCCACCUGGUGCUAAUUUAUUUAUUUACCACAUUCCUCAAGAAUUUGGUGAUCAAGAGCUUGCAAAUGCAUUUCAACCGUUUGGUGCGGUCGUGAGUGCCAAAGUUUUUGUUGACAAAGCUACUGGUGUUAGUAAAUGUUUUGGAUUUGUAAGUUAUGACUCUCCAGACACUGCACAAACCGCAAUCAAAAUGAUGAAUGGUUUCCAAUUAGACGGAAAAAAGUUGAAGGUUCAGCUUAAAAAAGAAAAUAAACAGAACAAAUUUAUUGAUAUAAAAGGCGGGGUAUGGAAUGAAGCUGAUUCUUUGCAUCAGUAAUACACGCGCAAGCCACAAGGGAGUUGCUGCACGAGCAGCCACUGGGAGCUGAUUUGAAAAUUUUAGCAGUGACAUGGCAACUGAAUGCUAAUUGUAGGUCCCUUAUGGAUUAAAGGCAGAAACUUGUAAUUGUUGUGCCACUCUAAUCUGUAAUUUGUACAUGGAGAAAGAUUCAGACAUUUGUAAAUUCAAUGAUUCUUCUAAAUUGACACGAUCAUCAUUAGGUUAUGAUUCCUUUUCUCUUUCCUUCAUAUGGUCAAAUGUAGUGUCUUGCUCCUUCCACCUUUCCUCUUUUGCAAAAUGCAUGUAUGGAAGAAAAAAGUUGAAAGAUAUAUCCCUGAGCAUCCCGCAGCAUUCUGUUUCUUCUUCACCUCUAUGCUCGCUACUUACUUUGUCUCAAGUUUGUCUUUGAAUAGCCUAUGAACUGAUGUUAUGAGGUCAGACAAAGUGGAAAGCAAAUUCAUUUAUGAUUUAACUACAUCUGUGAGGCAGCUGUUUGUUGCCCUUCUGUAACGCAGGGUGUUGGAUCAGGUUGCAAUCAGAAGGAUGGUCAGAUAAUUGCUAUCUUUUAGAUUCAGCCACUAUAGCUGUUCGGAAACCACAAACCAUUCCGACCGGGGGUCAGACAUUCCCUGUCUAGUUGGUGAUGUGCUGUUUUCUGUGCUGAUUUGAAGAAACCAUUUGAUCUUGGUUUGAUAUAUUCUGUAGUGACAAUACAUUCUUGCUUACCCCUGGUUAAUUUCUAGGAUGGGCUAUUAACAGACUUAGAAUGCUUAUAUAAAUUCUUUAACGAAGUCUUGGGGUAUAUCAAACCAAGACUUUGUGAUUCAUAUCA